AUGUGCAGCUCUCUGAAUCCCAAGCAGGUAAUUGGCCCAGACCUGACGGACAUGCAGCAGUACAACCAAUGGCUGACCAGCCGCCACGAAGCCAGCCUUCUGCCAUUGAAGGAAGACCUGGCCCUGUGGCUCACCAACAUGCUGGGUCUGGAGAUCACAGCAGAGAACUUCAUGGUGCGUUUGGACAACGGCUUCCUGCUGUGUCAGCUGGCUGAAACGCUACAGGAGAAGUUCAAGCAGAACCAGACCAAGAACCACGGAGAGGUGCCUGGCGCCGGCCACGGAAAGAGCUGCUGGUGUGGGUCUGUUACAGAGCUGGUGAUGCUGGUGUGGGUCUGUUACAGAGCUGCUGUUCUUCACAAGCAGCCACGGGAAGUGUGUCUGUGUCUCCUCCAACUAGGAAGGAUAGCAUCUCGGUACAACGUGGAGCCUCCUUGGCUUAUCAAGCUAGAGAAGGAGAUAGAACAGGAGGAGAUGGCACCUCUACCUUCACCUGUCUCCCUCUCUCCAUCCCCCUCUCCUACCAAGUGCUCCUCAUCUAGCCAGAAGAGCACAGGGAAGCUGUUGGAUGAUGCAGUGAAGCAUAUCUCAGAGGACCCUCCCUGCAAGUGUCCCAAUAAGUUCUGUGUGGAGAGACAGGCCCAGGGCCGCUACCGCGUUGGAGAGAAGAUGCUAUUCAUCAGGAUGUCGGCCACAGCAGUGAUCAGUGCUUGA